AUAAGACUGCUUACUUCACAAGUAAACAUAGCGGAGAGCAGACAUGGAGCGAGUCGCAGUGGUCACCGGCUCCAACAAGGGCAUCGGCUUCGCUAUCGUCAAGGGUCUCCUGCAGAGAUUCCAAGGAGUCGUGUACCUGACCUCAAGAGACGAAGGCAGAGGGAAGGACGCAGUCGCCAAGCUGAACGAACUCGGUCUCCACCCUCAGUAUCACCAGCUCGACGUGACCGACAGACUCAGCAUCACCAAGUUCAGAGACCAUAUCAAACAGAAACAUGGAGGAAUUGACAUCCUAGUGAACAACGCGGCAGUAGCGAACAGCACAGCGUUAUACAACUCCUACGAAGAAUGCAAAACCAUUGUGGAUAUAAACUACUUCAGCAUCCUGACUAUCCAAGAGCUGCUGUUUCCACUAGUGAGAGACAACGGACGUAUUCUGAACAUCUCGAGCGACUGCGGACAUUUGUCUAACGUACGCAACAAGUACUGGAUAGACAGACUGUCGAAGAAGGACUUGACAUUGGAAGAUAUAAAUGAGUUCGUCAACUGGUUCUUGGACGGCGUUAAGAAUAAUACGUUUAAUUACGACGAUAUAGCUGAUGAUGGGAAGAUUGCUGCGUACAGAGUGGCGAAGGUUGCUCUCAGCGCGAACACGAGACUGCAGCAGAAGGCGUUGGAAGGCAGGAACAUCUCUGUGAACUCCAUGCACCCUGGCCUGGUGCAGACUGACAUGACGCGAGGAGUUGGCUUUUACAGCGCAGACCAGGCAGCUGAAACUCCUCUGUACCUGGUGCUAGAAGCUCCGGCUACGCUCAAAGGAGAAUACAUUUGGUACGACAGGAGAGUUCUAGACUGGUAUGACCACAAAGCUGAUUAUUAUUUCAAAACAAUAAACUUAAAACAGUAGAAUGAUAAAUGAGAGCAGAAUAAAAACAAGGACUUUAAUAAAAUUGAAUGAAAUAGAUUUUCUUUGUUCUAUUAUUGUAUAAACUUUACUGCGGAAUAUUUUUUGCAAUCAGCUUCAAAUUAGAAUGGCUUUGUUUGUGCAAAUGAAAAACUUGGUAAUACUUAAAACUAAAAUUGUAUUUGCUUAGUGCUAUAAAAAAGGGUUGUUAUUGUGUGGUGCUUUUUAAAUAUUUGUAUUUUAAUUAAUACCCUUUAUAAUUAAUUACCUAAUACCUAAUAUAAAACAGUGUUUUUACUAAUAUAAAAAACACGUAUUUUGCGCUAUGUUUGUAGCUCUUAUUGAAGCAUUAUGUUAAUUGCCAAACACAAAUCUAUACUUAUAUUUUAAUUCGAUUGAAUAAUCAAAGCUAAUUGAUAAAAAUAAAUGUCAGUAAUGACUGCUAAUAACUGUCACAUCUGCAUAGUUAAUUUAAUUAGCAUACACUAAAUGAAUAGGACUAGUUGAUAUUGUUUUAUACAUUUUACAAAAUGUUUAAAGGCUACACAUUUGCUUCUGUAUUUAUUUGUAAAAUAAAUGUAACUGCAAAUAUUUUAUUUAUGAAAAUGUUGAGUCUAAUAGUUAUGCAAAACACGAUCCUUUUAAUUAUCUAUAAUGUAUUUAAAAAUUGAAAAAUAAAAUUUACCAGCUUUGUACAUCAGCCUCUCAUAACGGUACUUUUGCCACGGAACUACCGAAUGUCUCCACAUCCCGGCCUGUGACGACACAUCGCCGACCGCGGCCACGCUCCACGCUUGUCUCACAAACUUUUGAUUAAAUACAAACGAAAUACAACUUGACGUGAAACUGUAAUCAAAUAAAAUGUUUUAUUGUGUU